AUGGAGCCCAUGACGGUGACGACGUCGGUGGUCGGACCGGACGAGUUCGAUCGCAACGCCCCGCGGAUCUGCGGCGUUUGUGGCGACAAGGCCACUGGCUUCCACUUCAACGCCAUGACGUGCGAGGGCUGCAAGGGAUUCUUCAGGCGCAGCAUGAAGCGUAAAGCCUCCUUCACAUGUCCAUUCAACGGGACCUGCACCAUCACCAAGGACAACCGACGUCACUGCCAGGCCUGCCGCCUCAAACGCUGCGUCGACAUUGGCAUGAUGAAGGAGU